AUGCAUGUCUUGAUAAUCGAUGAUAACGGAGGGCCAUCCAUUAACAACAAGUCUAGCUAUUCGGCGUAUAUUGAUGAACUUGAUGAUACCCGACUAUCAAUAAUUACAUCCAAGUGCGGAGUUUCGGAAGACGACAAAUCAAAAUGUUUUCGGACGGUCGAAAUUGAUCAUAUUGGUUCUAAUGGAGCAAUGGAACUAGCGGCCGAAGCCAUUCAUAAACACCUACCAAUCGAUAUUAUAUACACCAAACAAGAGGACUUAAUUUUACGAGCUUCUCAUUUGAGAGCGUUGCUUGGUCUCAAUUCACAAGGUGGCCUCGUUGCUAAAGAUGCGUUGCUAUUUCGAGACAAGGAAGCUAUGAAAAGACAUUUAUCCUCUACCAUUAUCGUACCUCCUUUCGCUAAAGUAUUCUCACCAGCAAAUGUGAUGCAAUUCGUAAACGAGCAUGGAUUUCCUGUCAUUGUGAAACCAACGUUGGGAUCAGCUUCCGCUGGAGUGGACGUUUUGAGGAAUAGAGCCGACAUGGAAGACUAUUUCAUUAAUCGAUUCUAUGGCCGUAUUGAUGAAGAAGGCCGUUGUAUGGACUAUAGUGGUGAUAUGAUCGUCGAAAAGUUCUUGGAAGGCGCCAAAAUGUAUCACGUCAAUGGUUACGCAAGCGACUCCAAGAUUGUAAACGUAUGGCCUUUCUGCUAUAUUUCAACCAACUUGCAAUUCACAACUGGGAAUGCCUACGGAAAUGUCCUCAUUCCAACAACCGAUGCCAGACAUAGUCGCCUAGUCGAGAUAACUCAACGUGUCCUGGACAAUCUACCAUGCCCUUCCCAUCUGAUGUUUCACUUGGAACUAUUCGAAGUUGAUAAUGAUUUCGUACUAUGUGAAAUUGCAGCAAGAAGACCUGGAGGCUCAAUCGGGCCAUUAAUUGACGUAUCCGAAUCACAGCCUAUUGGUUGGUUUGCCGAAUACGAAUUUCGGUCGUCUCUUGGAUUACCCUCACGCAGGCUAUGUCGAGCAAGACAAGAUCAGAUUCCUUGUGGAGACUUGCUAAUUCCUUUGCAUGUUGGAACUUUGACUAGAGUACCUUCUGAACCAUGUCCCAUACCGGGAAUAGAGUAUAAACAGAUUGCACAAGUUGGCCGAGUCUACACAGGGUUUUCCAUCAACACCAUGAACACUUGUGCCCGUCUAAUAGCUCGUGGAUCCAGUGGGACUAGUGCGGCAACCAUUCAAGAUAUGCUCGAAUCUGCCAAGAAAUGGCUUGAUCAUGAACUUCAAUAUACACCACCAGCUCAAGUCCCGAGUCGUCAAGCUCAACCCGAAUCAUAG